CCUUUUGUCCCGUGGAGGGCAGCAUUGCGCUUCAUUGUGUACAGCCUGCCGAAAAUCCAGUCGAAGAAGAAGAAGAAGGCAAUGUACGUUCUUUGGUUCAAGGACUGAUUUGCUGUUUGGAUGUUGAUGGUCACCAGAAAUUUGUCAUAGAGAUGUCUGCUGCACUGAGUCUUCGUGUUCUCCGAUGCUACUCAAAGCAAGGCAUUUUUGGAUAUGGUGCUGGUGUCAUGCGGCCUUUUAGUCUCAGUGUGCAGAGAGAGGGCUAUAAAUAUGUAAAUGCUCAGGAGAUCCCAACAGACAUGAAGUCAAUCACUGACCGUGCUGCCACAACCCUCCUUUGGACUGAGCUCUUUAGAGGUUUGGCGAUGACCCUAAGUUACUUGUUCCGUGAGCCUGCCACCAUCAACUACCCAUUUGAGAAGGGCCCUCUGUCACCUCGCUUCCGUGGAGAACACGCCCUUCGCCGCUACCCUAGUGGAGAGGAGCGCUGCAUUGCCUGUAAGCUGUGUGAGGCUAUCUGCCCUGCUCAGGCCAUUACCAUUGAAGCUGAGACUCGAGCUGAUGGCAGCAGGAGAACUACACGCUAUGACAUCGAUAUGACUAAGUGUAUCUACUGUGGCUUCUGCCAGGAAGCUUGUCCUGUUGAUGCCAUUGUUGAGGGUCCAAACUUUGAGUUUUCCACAGAGACCCACGAGGAGCUAUUGUACAACAAGGAGAAGCUGCUCAACAAUGGAGAUAGAUGGGAGGCUGAGAUAGCAGCAAACAUACAAGCAGACUACCUGUACAGAUAGGCUGUGUCUGUACACUGUCUACAAAUAUAUGCUAUGUCACACAUGAAAAUGAUAUCUUAUCUUCCUCCUGUACAUUAAAGAUAUUACUUUACAUAUGAGGAGUGAAGCCCUGCAGGCUCAGAUUCUGUUGUCAGAACUAGGAAACCAUACAAAUGUUGUCAUUUACUGAUUUUAUAAUCUGUAACCUACUGUAUGCACGGUCUGACAGAGACAGUCUGACAAAUAUUGCUGAUGUUAUUUAAGUAAGUAAAAUAAAUCAAGUUUUCAAACCUU